UGACGCGGCUCUGUGGUGCAGAACAUUAGUUCAGCCUAACUGCCAUUUCCGCUUGGACACAAUUCACUGCAACACACAAGUUUCCGUGGAAGAGCUGUCAAUAAAACCAUGUCUUGCAUGAACUGCAAGCCUUAGGAUGAUCCUUGCAGUAAAGCUGGUGUAAGCUAUUUUCUACGACACGCUGUGCAAACGCUGGAAGACUUACAGAGGUGAACUACAAAGACGCUGACUUGCUGAGAGUGAACAAUGUCUGCUGUGGAGAGCCGCACGCUUGAAGACAUCAAAGAUCUCAUCGUGUCAUGUCAUAAGGGCUGCACGACAGCUGAGAAGAUAUCCUUCUACAACAACUGGGCCAACUCCUAUGAGCAGGAUGUGGCAGUUCUUGACUACCGUGCACCCAGUCUGGCAGCCAGCGCCGUCGCUGCCCACUUUUGUGGCGAGCGCCAAGCUGCCCUUGUGUUGGACGUGGCCUGUGGCACGGGAAUGGUGGCCAAACUGAUGAAGAAAGAUGGAUUUGGACGUUUCGUGGGUGUGGAUGCAAGUGAGGGGAUGCUGCAGCGGGCUGCAGAGAGCGGACUGUACCAGGACCUGAAGCUGGCUCUGCUUGGAGAGGAGCCACUUCCUGUUCAAUUAGGUCACUUUGACAUAGUGCUGGUAGUUGGUGGUCUGAGCAUGGGUCACAUUCAGGUGAAGGCCAUCAGGGAGCUGUGCCAGGCCGCCAGACAGGGCGGUCUCAUCUGCAUGACGACCAGGGGUAACCCUGAGAACUUGAGCUACAAAGCGGCCUUGGAGGACGAGAUAAAGCGGAUGGAGGAGGAGGGACUGUGGUGUGGCGUCGACGUCACAGAGGUGAAGGAGUGGGAGCGAGCUGUGAAUGAGCACGAGGAGGACUACGUACCUGGAUGUGUGUAUCUCUUUAAGAAGCUUUAACUCUGCCAGGUUGGAAAAUAGAAUGAAAGAAUUAAUAGAAUUAAAGCUGGGCCAUAUCACAGACCUCAUCAAACAAUGAGCUUACAAUGAUCUGGGCAACAAAGUAAUUCUGUCAGUUUCAAGUAUUUCUCUGUGUCUGUCUAUGUAUGUAAAUGUAUUUUAAAACUGGCAAAGGGUACAUUUUGAAUACAGGAAGUGAAUAAAUGUACUGUAAUUGAUGUGAAAUGGAUGGAGGGUAGGAUUAAAUAAGAUUUGCUUCUUCCUACUGCUUUUGGACAUGUAGAACUGUGAAUUGUACUAUGGGAUGUACAGUGUUCCCUCAACUUUCGCGGAUUCGCUGCUUCGCGGAAUUUUUUUAGUGCUCUUUUUUCAUUACAGCGUAUAAACGCUGUUACAGGCCGAGUCUGGCCCUUUAAGAAGAAUUGCAUUGUGGGAAGUCUCUCUUCUCGUCUGUCUGUACCGCUCAUUGUUUUCUGCGUCCUGAUUAACAAUGGUCUACAGCCAAUCAAUCUCCUUCAUGCCGCACACAGCGACCGCCCCUCCCGAGACACGCUGUGCAGGCUGGAGCCACAGAUCGGUGCCUCAUUCACGUACACAGUGCAAUUGGCAAGUUGAAAACGGCUCGUGUGGCGUUGCCUACUGCUUCCACUUUCUUAGGUAUUCCUCGGCUCGCCUCUAUUUUGGUUUGUAUCUAAAGUUACCCAGUUAAACAAAUAACAUUCUACAGUAAGAAUAUUAUUUGAACAUUCGGACCAUAUUUCUGAAAUAUUAGUUGGGAAUGUUUGCAGAAUGUCAAAGAGAGAGUUCGGAUUGUUUGACAUGCAGUUGUAUGACAUCCCCAUCGGCAUUGUAGUCCAAUAACAGCGACUUACCCCCCACUUGGUCUCCUAAGUCCGGUUCUGGUCAGACUUCCGUGAUGAAGAACGUAGUUCCACUUAGUUGCUGGGGACAAUUAAGUAAAGACUUUGACUCAAAACAAUAUGCGUUCAAAAGAUUAAUACAUUUGCAUCACAAAAAUGCCUUCUCAAAAAAAUCAGACCUCACAAAACACUUGGCGUUAUACAUUUGUCUCCUGCCAUAUUCCUGCUCAUUGUUGCCUGUGUGUUCAUGUGUAUGUCACGAAGACUCUCGCAUCAACUUCCGCGACGGAGCGCCGCGGCCAUCUUGUUUACGUAUGUGUUCCACAUCUCUGUGUGGAGUUUGCAUGUUCUCUCCGUGCGUGCGUGCGUGGGUUUUCUCCGGGUACUCCGGUUUCCGCCCACAUUCCAAAAACAUGCAUGUUAGGUUAUUUGGCCACUCUAAAUUGUUCAUAGGUUUGAAUGUC